AUGGGGUUAUCUGUUCAGAUUCGCACAGUAUUCUCCAGUUCAGGAAUUGGUAUCGAUAGUUUCAAAUUAGCUCGUGAACAAUAUGUUUCACGGCAUGCACCGUCGUUAGAUAGUUUCAAAAAACGCUUCAUUGACUCGGUCAAUAGUUCUAAUGGUCAAAUCUUCACUGAAGAUCUACGUAAUAUGAUCAUGGCAGCUAGUAAUGAUCAAGAAAUCGCUGCCGUCAUCAAAGCCCUACGAAAAUACAACACUAGUAAAUUGAAGUUUACUGAAUUUCAUUUUGGUUCACCUAUUAUGCGUUUAUUAUAUGUUCAUGAUAAACCUGAUUUAGCGAUGCAGUUAUUUAUGGACGAAAGUUUAAAACAAAUCUUUCAAGAUUCUGGUUCUGCUCUUAUUCUUCUUAAUAAACUAAUUGAAGACAAACGUUAUGAUGAUGCAAUCAAAGUCUUUGAAUACGGAUGCCAACGUGGCUUUUCAACUUCCAGUGGUCGAACAUAUCCAUCCGAUGUUGUUCUAUUAACUAUUGAAGCAUUAUACAGACAAAAUUCAAAAGAAUCGUUGACAAAAGCAAAAGAAAUAAUAACAAAAGUCAUGGAACGAGAUGCUGAUAUAAAUCCACGCACAGCUGCAAUGAUUGCUCUAUUGGCGAUUCAGCAGGGUGAAGCAGCGUUUGCUUUGGAAAUAAUAGGUGCUAUUCGUGUACAGAAUUUANGCUGCAAUGAUUGCUCUAUUGGCGAUUCAGCAGGUAGAUCAAAAACUACAGGUGAAGCAGCGUUUGCUUUGGAAAUAAUAGGUGCUAUUCGUGUACAGAAUUUAACUACGAUACAGAAUAUUCGAGCUAUUUGUUAUGCUGAAUUAGGACGAAUCGAAGAAGCAAUCAAUGUUGUUCACUUACUUGCUGAUCAACCACCCGUAGAGAAUGAUCGUCGCCGUGUAUUUCCACUUGUGUUACAACAUAUUCAAAAGGCAGUUGACAAAACGAAAGAUAGUGACUUAAAGUCACGUUUUGAAGAUCUAUCAAAGUUUGUUUCAACGAAUAAUCGUCUAUCACUAACAGAUCUAAUUGAUUUUAUCGAUGAACCAAUCAAUCGUCGUGGUGCAAUUUUGCAUAACCGGCAAGGUGUGCAACAGGCGCGAAGUAGUGGUUUCCAACGAUCCACUGGUUUUCGAGGUCGUUUGAAUUAG